GCGGCGGCCGGGGAGGGUCAGUUGGAGGCAGGCGCUCGCCGAGGCAGGAGCUGGGCGCUGGGCCCGCGGCCUGACAGGGACUGAACCCGCAGAGACCGGCCCCGCGCGCGCGCGACCCCGCACCCACCCUCAUAGCCACCCACCCGCUCCCCGCGCCGCUCCUUCCCGGGCAGAGUCGCCGACGAUGAUAAACACCCAGGACAGUAGUAUUUUGCCUUUGAGUAGCUGUCCCCAGCUCCAGUGCUGCAGGCACCUUGUUCCAGGGCCUCUGUGGUGCUCCGAUGCCCCUCACCCACUGUCGAAGAUCCCCGGUGGGCGAGGGGGCGGCAGGGAUCCUUCUCUCUCAGCUCUCAUAUAUAAGGACGAGAAGCUCACUGUGACCCAGGACCCCCCUGUGAGUGAUGGAAACCCUCACAUCGUCCACUUCCGGUAUGAGGUCAGCGAGGUGAAGGCCUCCUCCUGGGAUGCAGUCCUGUCCAGCCAGAACCUGUUUGUAGAAAUCCCAGAUGGAUUAUUAGCUGAUGGGAGCAAAGAAGGAUUGUUAGCACUACUAGAGUUUGCUGAAGAGAAGAUGAAAGUAGACUAUGUCUUCAUCUGCUUCAGGAAAGGCCGGGAAGACAGAGCUCCACUUCUGAAGACCUUCAGCUUCUUGGGCUUUGAGAUUGUGCGUCCAGGCCAUCCCUGUGUCCCCUCUCGGCCAGAUGUGAUGUUCAUGGUUUACCCCCUGGAACAGCACUUGUCCGAUGAAGACUAGUGGUAACAGAGGAUGCUUUGCCCGAGAGCCGCAGUGAGGGCAGAGGGGGAUCCAGGCAGCCCUGGGACAGAGGAGGGGGCUCCAUGCUGUCUAGGGGAAGACGCUGAGGGGCUCAGGGUGAGGGUCGCCUGUUACGUUCUCAGAGUUGACUCGUUGAAAUUGUUUUCCAUAAAGAACAGUAUAAACAUAUUAUUCACAUGUAAUCACCAAUAGUAAACGAAGAUGUUUCUGAACUGGCAUUAGAAGCUUUUUACCUGCGCUGCGUGAUGUGCUCUAUCUAGCCUGGGAGGACUUGCCUGGAAGAGGGGGAGCUGUCGGGGCCAGGCCCACACCCGAGCUAGUGGGCAGCCCCACAGAUGCAGUGUCCCCUGCGGGUGGGCUUGCUUUCUCGGUUUUUAAGACUUGUGUAUUUUCUUUCCUUCUUUUCAGCCUCUGGGUAAUGUCCUUGAGUUUUUCAGACACGCCACACCUGGGCCUCUCUGUGCUUUGUGUCUGGCCCUGAGAAAGCCCGCCUGGCUCCUCCUUUCCAGCUUAGUGUUUUUCCGGCAUUUGGUUAAACUGGCUUAAUCUGUUUCAUGUUAUCAGUGCAUUUUAAAUAGGGUCACUGAAGUUCACCCCCACCACCAGUGCUUUAUUGGGGGUUCCUGGGCCUUACAAACACUAGCCAAACUCCAGUUAUCAAAAACAUCAUGGCCAGAAGUUCUUGCUCUUGCUACAGGCCCAGGCCCCAGGUUCUCCUGCCUAGGGCCACGGAGAGCAGAGGAAGAGCAAGCCCAGGGCUGGCUGGGAUCCCGGAGACCCCUCCUGGCUUAGUGGCCGACUUGUAGCCACACCAGCUUGUGAGAGUCAGUGCCUGAGACCCUGCUCUACAGGGUGGAGGUGGGCAGAAGUGGCCUGCCCACUGCUGUGGUCACUGACCAGCAUGUUCUAAGCAGGAGGUAAAGGGGAAAAGAUCAAGAUUGGGUAAGGGGGGCCCGUGGGGGUGCCAGGGAGGCAAAUGUGUGUUGUGUUACUGUGUCAAUAAACUGAUUUAAAGUUGUG